UCAGAGAACAUGUUAGCUGUGCACUUUGACAAGCCGGGAGGACCAGAAAACCUUUACUUGAAGGAGGUGGCCAAGCCCAGCCCAGUAGAAAGUGAAGUCCUCCUGAAAGUGGCGGCCAGCGCCCUGAACCGGGCAGACUUACUCCAGAGACAAGGCCAGUAUCCCCCACCCCCGGGAGCCAGCAGCAUUUUGGGAUUGGAGGCAUCUGGACACAUAGCAGCGCUGGGGCCCGCCUGCCAGGGGCACUGGAAGAUUGGGGACCCAGUCAUGGUUCUGCUGCCUGGCGGGGGACAGGCUCAGUAUGUCACUGUCCCUGAAGGGCUCCUCAUGCCUAUUCCAGCAGGACUGACCCUGUCCCAGGCUGCAGCCAUCCCAGAGGCCUGGCUUACCGCCUUCCAGCUGUUACAUCUCUUGGGACACGUUCAGGCUGGAGACUCUGUGCUAAUCCAUGCAGGAUCAAGUGGUGUGGGCACAGCUGCCAUCCAACUCGCCCGGAUGGCUGGAGCUAUUCCUCUAGUCACAGCUGGCUCCCAGCACAAGCUUCAGAUGGCAAAAAAGCUUGGAGCAGCUGCUGGAUUCAAUUACAAAGAAGAGGAUUUUUCUGAAGCAACACUGAAAUUCACCAAAGGUGCUGGAGUCAACCUUAUUCUAGACUGCAUAGGUGGAUCCUACUGGGAGAAAAAUGUCAACUGCCUGGCUCUUGACGGUCGCUGGGUUCUCUAUGGUCUGAUGGGAGGAAAUGACAUCAAUGGACCUCUACUUUCAAAGCUACUUUUUAAACGAGGAAGUCUGAUCACCACUCUGCUGAGAUCAAGGGACGAAAAGUACAAGCAAAUGCUGGUGGAGGCUUUCACAAAACAGAUUCUGCCCCACUUCUCCACGGAGAGCCCACAACGUCUAGUGCCGGUUUUGGACAGAGUCUACCCCGUGACUGCGAUCCAAGAGGCUCAUGCAUACAUGGAGAGCAACAAGAACGUGGGCAAAAUCGUCCUGGAACUGCCGCAAUGAAGGAGGAGGGGGUACUACUCAGGCCUUCCCAGGACAAACUUGGACAAAGUUCACAGCACGCUGGAAGGAGAUCGGGUGCGACUCCUGGCCGCCCUGUAACCCAUUGGCCCUUCCCCGGCCUCGUCAACUGAACCGUGUAAAGCCAAUCUAGGGAAAUAAAAAGAAAGUAGAG